UCGGUCACAGAUUCGUUUCUAGGGGAGUAUAUGGUCGAUGCCAACACUACGAAAAUCAGCAAUUUGCACUUCGUGCCUUCUACUUGUCAGACUGAUUUAGUUCUAGGGGAUUAUUAGAAUGAUUUGCAAUAACCUUUUUUUUUAUUUUGAACCCACUCAUUAAUGUUACUUUUAAAUUUCGCCGCUCAGAUUUAAAUGCUUCUUUCGGCUACCCCGUACCAAAUAAAUAUAAUGCUCAAUGCGUUGAUUUUUUUUAACCAUUAUUCAGAAAGCAGUCGAUUCUAAACUUCUGGGCUUAUUCUCCAGAAAUACAUGAUUAUUGAAACUUAAGUAUUUCUUUCUGAAUACUGUCCGUUUCCAUGGCGAUGGCGAUAAAUUAUCUGAAAAGACUGGCUUACAAUUUUGUACCGCUUUUGACCAAUUUAUGGUGUUUCCGAAUAACAUCGAACCAGAUAACGUCUUUGGUUAAAACUUAAAAACAGAAUUAUACACGUUGCAAAUAAAGGUGUUAGAAAUGCGUAACUGUGUUAGUUUUGAAGAGACAAUAGGUCAUAAGAUGUGAGGAGAAGAAGAAAACGAAUUUCUCAAUAUAUUAAAGCAAAAACGUUUGCUAGGGAGCAAGGUCAUCAGAUACAAAACUAGUUAAAACUUAUAUUGCACUCUACCAAAUUAUUGAACUUUCAGAGCGAAGUAUUUUGACCUUACAAUGUCCUUAAGCAACACGUGUAAAGUGUUCUACGUGAUACUGAAUGUUUUGCUCUGACUUUAUCGGGAGUAGACCAUGUUUGCCUUUGAAUAACUUUGACCAAAAGACCUUCGUGCAUCUGUAAUGGCUGUAAUUAUUUCCCUCAGCUCCGUUAUUCCUUUUUUUGGCUAACUGGAUGCUUCCUUUGUCACCCUGCGUACGUUGGAUUGCCUGCCGUUUCCUCAAGUACCCUCGCUAUUGUCAUACUGCUCUCGGGCGAAAACAUCAACAAAACAUGCGAGCACGCCGAAUGCCCGGUCUAUCCUUGAUUUAUAUGAAAAGCGACAAGGAAUGGUCGAAAAUUCUCUUUGGACAAAAGAGCAAAUUACCUGAGCAAUAUUCGGGCGCUCAGUGAAUGAUCAUUAUUCUCUCCAAUGGAAACCGCAAUUAUAUGCAUUUUCCGGAAACUGUUUCAAAUACUUAGUGGCUACUGGAAAAAUAAUAAAGGCGGUGCAGAAUUUAUUUUAUUUUUUAAAUCAAGAUUUUCUGGACGAAGUUUGUAAAAUUUGUCAUUAGCUGUUUCCUUAUCCGGGAAUCGGGCCCAGCCCAACCAUUGGCUCUCACAGUCACAUGGGUGACUAACUUUAUUCAGUUGACAGCAAGUAGGAGGGCUUUAUGGAACGGGAAAAAAGACAACUCGAGAAAAAUUAGUAUUUUCCACCUUCAGAAAUUAAUGACCAUGAGUUCGUAUUUGAUGAACUCUAAAUAUGUGGAUCCCAAAUUUCCUCCUUGCGAGGAAUACUCGCAAAAUAACUACAUACCUGACCACUGCACAGAGUAUUACAGCCAGCCGCAGGACACUGAUUUUCAGCACCAAGGAGUCUAUCCACGGUCAAACUACAGCGGCCAGUCGUACAGCUGCAGCAACGCUCGGGGCUCUCCAGUGCAGCAGAGGGGUCAUGUGCAGGCACAGCCCGCUCCUCAGAACCACCUCACAGGACAGGGGGAGCCCGUUGCACCGCUCCAAGUGUCCAUAGCCCGGCCUUGCAGCCAGCAGCAACACAAUACAAAGAAUCAAAACGGCACAGCAACCAAACAGCCAGCAGUGGUUUAUCCUUGGAUGAAGAAAAUCCACGUUAACACGGUGAAUCCUAGUUACACUGGAGGGGAACCAAAACGUUCACGAACUGCCUAUACAAGGCAGCAGGUUUUAGAACUGGAAAAGGAAUUCCAUUUUAACAGAACAAAGCCAGCGGCCCCUGGUCAAUACGGACAAAUUACACAUUCAAUCCACAGAAAAUCAGAUAAAAACAGUGCGUCUGAAAAUGAAGAGUUUAAUGAGCCGGAUAACGGGAGUCCUUUUGACAGCUCCAGGAGACUACGAACCACUUACACUAACACUCAGCUGUUGGAGCUUGAGAAGGAAUUUCAUUACAACAGAUACCUUUGUAGACCACGGAGGGUAGAAAUCGCAGCUCUCCUCGAUUUAACAGAAAGCAGUUCCUCCUACUUUAAAGCAAGCCAAGGCCAGCUGGGAUCCCUCCAGCAACCGCUGCCAAAGCGGACAAAUGUGAAAACGAAUAACACAGCAGUCUAAUCACACCACAGACGAAACCUUCUGUACGGCCAGCCUUCGACAAAUCUGGAUCCCUCGUUACUGCUCGUUAAAGAGGGUAAAACGUUUCAAGGACAUCAAAAAUUCUGGCAUGGAUGCGAAAGCUAUGUGUGCUUAAAUUAUUUUCAUGUAUGACUGCUUUGUGGUAUUGGGUCAUUUGCAUUAACCUUUGAAAAAGUGGCACUAUUACUUGUGGGUUCAAGGAAUCCCUGAAGUAUAAAACAUACUGUACUUUAUUUACAACCUUCCGUUUCCCCUUGUCGAUUCAUAGUACAGUUAAUGAGAAACUAAUAUAAUUGCUAUUUCUGUCAGAGUAGAUGAAAGAGAAACAGAGACUUUUAUUUUUGGUGCUCAUUAAAGAACCCGACUUAGGACAGGACAAUCCAAUUUCAAACGCCACAAAAAUAAAGCAGAAAUAUUUCACGGACAAUGUUGGGUUGCCUGACAAACUGAAGAACGCGAAACAACCGCGAUCCAAACGCUUUUUUUUCGAAAUUGCCCUUUCAUCUCCAGAUGUCGGUCGCUUACGUACCACCCCCCCCCCCAACCACAUCAUAUGCCCACCCCCAUUCUAUCUCCGCCCCAUAUGGUUAUAACGUUAAGAUGGAGGCUAACCUCAUACACUUCCAUGUUUUUAUUGGAAAGCGUGGGAAAAAAUGCUGACAUAGUUAUUUUGUCAUACAUGCCCCUAACCAAAUGAGUAAUGCGUACUUGGAGAACUUUUAUCUCCAAAUCGUUAGCCAAGUAUUGAAAAGCCACAUCCUCUGCGUCAGCAGCUAAACUGUCUAGCAUCGAGUGAAUCAAUAUGCUUAAGUGCCGUGAAUAUGAAAAAGGGCGCCAUGCUUUAAAUCCACAUAAACACUUUGAGUUGGGAUUGGUCCAAUACAAUAUAUUAGUGUGAACAUGAUCUCUAAUGAAAUAAGCAUGCACUCAGCUUCUGCUAUGUCACUCAAUACCAUCUCCAGUCACUUUCACCUAAUACUGCCCAAAAAAUGAUUUGCUUUCAGAUUUAUUGCCACUGGUAGCGAGAGAGAUUCUAGAAGGAGGUUGACAGGUUUUCAAACAAUAGUUCCUAGUUUAUAGAAGGAACCAAGUACGCGGGUCUAUUACAGCCCAUUCAUGACAAAAAAUGGAAUUGCCUUUAAAUUAAACAAAUAUUCAUGGGGCUGACUGCUUGUUCGAAUAAUCAAUCAAAACAGUAAAGCAGACUUGAGUGCAUUGGUCCAAAGAAAGCAACACCACAAAACUUCCAAUAUUAUGUGGAUAUGGAAAGCAUACAUUUGAGAAGAGUUUUUGGAAAUCGGAGUUUACUUUUCAUAUUUGGGCGCACACCUAAUAAAAUAUAAUAGUCAUAAUGGUAAAAUAAAUGACUGGGAAAUGUAUCACUUUCAAUGUUGCAUGAAGUGCUUCAAAGUAAAAGUGGAUAUAUCUUUGAAUGUUAAACAUACAGGCUGACGCGUGCUAUGACACUGAUAUUAGCAUAAAUGAAUAGGCAUUUGCUGUGGAUUCCCAGUCUUCACAAUGGCUCAGCAAAUGUCCACAAUCCCAGUUGAAAGAACAAUCUAAAUAUAUCGAAAUGAUUGUGUUUCUAUCCAAUAUAUAUCUCUGAGAAACAACAAAAUUGAUAUUGUGCUUUUUAAUGUGUCAUUAAAAUAAGAAACAGCAUGUUAAUUUAAUUACUAUAUUUUAACUGUGAUUAUGUUUGAAGAGUAUCUCUUUGGCGACUAGGGACCUGCUGAAUGGGACGAGAAGAGCGCUAUAUAAAUGCAAAUCUUUAGUAUAUUGUUAUGUUUUUAUUAAAAAGUUUCGAACGCUGUGUAUAUCCUUCACACAAAAAAAUAACAGAAGCAUAUUAGCAGACAAAUGUGAAGUGAAUGGGAAUGCGCAUUUGCUGAAUUGUGUAUGCAGGAAUUUAGUCAUUUGCAAAUCCCGUUGUAACUAUGCUUUCAAAGACCUCAAACUCACUUCCUUCUGAAUUAUGCAUAACAGUUUUUUUAAAUCUGGCCACAACAUGGACGGGAAGAGCUUUUCCACUCGAGCCUUUUACUCAAACCGCAGAAUAGCAACAUAAGCCUUCAUCAAGAUCCCAUUGCAAAAGACACGAAUACAAAAUGAAACGGUGGAAAAACUCAAACUGUCGACUUUAAAAAAUAAGAGAGAAGCAUUAGAAUUCACUUGAGGAUUGGGCGGAUGGACAGACAUAAAAACACAAAUAUGGAGACAAGCAGACAUACGAUGCCGUGAACAUUGAUUUCAAAUUCAUCAUACUUAACAUUGGCCAUAUACGUACAGCUUUUUUAUACUAUUGAAGAAAUUUCCUUCAAAUGGCUGUAGUUCUGUGCUAAACUGGUUCAAGAGAGUGUCAACAAGCUAGUUAAAUGAUUUUGUAAU